AUGAGAAUGCUUUUUGAAAUUAGAGAUCUUAGAUUUGCUACUCCAGCUACAGUAUCAAGAGCUGGUAUUUUAUAUAUUUCAGAUGAUAAAGGAUAUUAAUGGAGAGCAUAUGUAAAAUCAUGGGUAAAGAAUAAUUUCAAUGAUGAUAAAUUCAAAUAAGAUUUAUAGAAAUUAUUUGAUAGAUAUAUAGAAGGUACAUUAUUGUUUUUAAAGAAACAUUGUAAAACAUUGAUUCCAGUUAAUCCAAUUUCAAUGAUUAUUUCAUUGUGUAAAGCUUUAUUGCCAUUAUUAUAAGGAGAAGUUAAAAAUAUGGAAUAUCAUUUUGUUUAUUGUUGUGUUUGGGCUAUUGGUGGAGUUUUAUCUGAAAAAGAUUCAAUUGAUUAUCGUAAAGAUUUCUCAAAUUGGUGGAAAGGAGAAUGGAAAACGUCUGUUAAAUUCCCAAGUAAAGGAACUGUAUUUGAUUAUUUUGUUGAAUAAAAUACAGAAAAUGUUAAAUUUGAUGAAUGGGCUAAGAGAUUAACAGCUAUAGAUUUUGAUCCUACAUAAGGAAUGGUUAUGGGAAAUAUUACAGUACCAACUAAAGAAACUCUAGCAACAAGUGAAUUAGUUAAAUAAUUUAUUUAUGUUUAAUAACCAGUACUUAUGAUUGGUUAAUCAGGUUGUGGUAAAACAUAAUUAGCCAAAGGUAUUUUAAGAGAUAUUGUAAAAGCAUAACCAGAUAACUUUACUUUCUAAUUAAUCAAUUUCAAUUAUUAUACUGAUUCUACAUAUUUAUAAGCAUAAUUAGAAUAAUAAUUAGAAAAGAAAGCAGGUAGAUAAUUUGGACCUUAAGGAAAAGGUAAAUUAAUUUAUUUCAUUGAUGAUUUAAAUAUGCCUUAAUUAGAUCCAUAUGAUACAUAAACAGCAAUAGCAUUAUUAAGAUAACAUGCAGAUUAUGGUCAUUGGUAUGAUCUUGGUAAAUUAAGUUUAAAAGAUAUCAUUAAUACAUAAACAAUUGCAGCCAUGAAUCCAUCUGCUGGUUCAUUCUUUGUUAAUCCUAGAUAUUAAAGACAUUUUUGGACUGUUUCUAUUCCUAUUCCUGAUAAUGAAAGCUUAUUCUUAAUAUACAAUACAUUCUUAUCAGGACAUCUUAAAAGAUUCAAACCAGCAGUUUCUGAAAAUGGACCUGCUAUUAUUAAAGCAGCAUUAUAAUUACAUACAAGCGUAAUUUAGAAUUUUAGGAAGACUGCCAUAAAUUUCCAUUAUGAAUUCAAUCUUAGACAUAUUUCUAAUGUAAUAUAAGGAUUACUAUUGGCAGAUCCUGCAAAAUUCAUUGAUUCAGAUAAAUUAAUUAGAUUAUGGGUUCAUGAAUCUGAAAGAACAUAUGGAGAUAGAUUAGUUUCAAUGGAUAAUCUUAAUACAUAUAAAGCUUUAAUGUUUGAUCUCUUAAAAAAACAAUUCACAAAAUUCAAUUUCAGUAGAUUCUUUGCUAAAGAUAAUCCUGAAAAUUUAAUCUUUUGCAAUUUCUUAGCUGGUAUUGGUGGUGAUAGAUUUUAUGAUUAAAUGCCAAAUGAUAAAUUGGAACCAGUUAUUACUGAAGCACUCAAAGAAUAUAAUGAUAAUUUUGCCUAUAUGGGAUUAGUAUUAUUUGAGGAUGCUCUUAAACAUGUUUGUAGAAUAACUAGAAUAGUAUUACCACCAGGAGGACAUUCUCUAUUAGUAGGAGUUGGUGGUAGUGGUAAAUAAUCAUUAACUAAAUUGGCUGCAUUCAUUAUGACAUAUACACUCUUUAUGAUUACUAUCUCUAGUAAUUAUGGUAUGAAUGAUCUCAGAACUGAUUUAUAAUUAUUAUAUUAGAAAUCUGGUGUUAGAGAUGAAGCUAUUAUGUUCUUAUUUAAUGAAGGUUAAAUCACUAAUGAAAGAUUCUUAACUUAUAUCAAUGAUUUAUUAUCUUCAGGAGAAGUAGCAGAAUUAUAUAACUCAGAUGAAAAAGAAGUCUUAAUCAAUUAAAUUAGACCUAAAGUUAAAGCUGAUGGUAGACCAGAUACAAGAGAUUCAUGUUGGGGAUGGUUUAUUGAUAAAGUUAGAUAAAAUUUACAUAUGACUUUAUGUUUCUCACCAGUUGGAGAAUCUUUACGUAAAAGAGCUCGUCAAUUCCCUGCUCUUGUCAAUUCUACUGUUAUUGAUUGGUUCUAACCAUGGCCAUAAGAUGCUCUUUAUAAUGUUGCUUAACAAUUCUUAAAAGAUAUUGAUGUUCCAACUGAUCAAGUUAGAGAAGCUAUUGUUAAAUUUAUGCCAUUCUCAUUCAAAUUAGUUAAUGAUUUAUCUGUCAAAUUAUUAGAAUAAGAAAGAAGAUAUGUCUAUACUACACCUAAAUCAUUCUUAGAAUUAAUCAAAUUAUAUAUAUUCAUGUUGAAAACCAAAAAAGGUAUGCUUGAAAAAAACAAAGAAAGAUAUGAAAAUGGUCUUAUUAAACUUAGAUCUACUUAAGCAUUAGUCGCUGAAAUCGAAAUUCAAGUUAAAGAAAAAUAACAAGAAGCUGAAUAAAUCAAAAAUGAAGCUAAUCAAGUCGCUGAAGUCGUUGGAAAAGAAAAAGCAAAAGCUGAAAUCGAAAAUGCAAAAGCUGCAGAUGAAGAAGCUAAAUGUUCAACUAUCAAAUAAGAUGUUGAAUAGAAAAAAACAUCUACUUAAGCUGAUUUAGAUGCUGCCAUUCCACUAGUAGAAUAAGCCAAGGCUGCCUUGAAUGGAUUGAGUGAAAAAGAUUUCUAAGUUGCUAAAAACUUUGCAACUCCUCCAUCUGGUGUACCUGAUGUCUUCUCAGCCACCAUUUUCUUAUUAGCUGGUUUCUAUAAUGAACAAAUUGAAAUUGAUCCUAAAUCUAAAAAACCAAAAGCAUUUGAUUGGAAGAGUGCAUAAAAAAUGAUGCAAAAGCCAAAAGAAUUAUUGAAUAAAUUAAUGGGUUUCAAAGAUAUUGUCGAUGCUAAUUAAGUACCACCAACAAAUGUUGAUUUUGUUAAGAAAAAUUAUUUGAAUUUAGAACAUUUCAAUGCAUAAACAAUGGCUAAUAAAUCAUCAGCUGCUAGAGGUUUAUGUGAUUGGGUUAUUAACAUAGUUAAAUAUUAUGAUGUAAUUUAAGUUGUAGAGCCAAAAAGAUAAGCUCUGAAGGAAGCAAUACAAUAAUUAGAUGAUGCAAAUGCCAAAUUAGCGAAAGUUUAAGAAUAAGUGAAAGAAUUAAAUGAUAAAUUAGCUGUUUUGACUGCUGAUUACAAUAAAGCAAUGGCACAAUUACAAGCUGCAUUAGAUUAAGCAGCAAAAUGUGAAAAAAGACUUAACUCAGCAAAUCGUUUAGUUAAAGCUUUGGGUAGUGAGAAUGAACGUUGGGAUUAAGCAAUAAAAAUGUUGGAAGGAUAAAUUCAAUUGUUAAGUGGUGACGUAUUGGUAUCUGCUGCUUUUGUUUCUUAUGCAGGUCCAUUCAAUAAGAGAUUUAGAGAUGUAAUGAUAAAAGAUUACUUUUUGAAAUUCAUAAUAGACAAUAAGGUUCCAUUAAGUAACAAUGCUGAUCCAGUAAAAUUACUGACAGAUGAAAGUACAAUAGCUAAAUGGAAUCAAUAAUUAUUACCAAGCGAUGCAGUCAGUACAGAGAAUGGUACAAUAUUGACUAAUUCUGAAAGAUAUCCUUUAAUAAUAGAUCCUUAAUUAUAAGGUAUUAAAUGGAUAAAAGAGAAGGAAUCAGCAAAUAAUAUGAAAAUAUUGCGUAUUGGAUAAAAGAAUACAAAUAGAUAGAUAGAAUUUUCAAUAUAAGCAGGAAAUCCAUGUUUAAUUGAAAAUAUGGAUGAGAGAAUUGAUGCUGUAUUAAUGCCAGUGAUAGCAAGACAAUUUAUAAUAAAGAGUUCAGGAUAAAAGAAGAUUAAAUUUGCAGGUUAAGAAUUAGAUGUACAUCCUAAAUUUUAAUUGUUCUUACACACAUAAUUGAGUAAUCCUCACUAUCCUCCUGAAAUAUAAGCAGAAGCAACUUUGAUAAAUUUCACAGUUACUGAAGAUGGUUUAAGUGAUUAAUUAUUAGCAUUGGUGGUUGGAAGAGAGAGACCAGAUUUAGCAUAAAAGAAAGUUGAAUUGAUAUAACAAUAAAAUUCAUUUAAGAUAAAAUUAAAGGAAUUAGAAGAUGAAUUAUUAUAUAAAUUGGCAAAUGCUGAAGGUGAUAUUUUGGAAGAUAUUGCAUUGAUUGAAAAUUUAGAAUAUUCAAAAAAGAUUUCAACUGAAAUAGCUGAGAAAGUAGAGAUUGCAAAAGCUACAGAAGCUAAAAUUAAUGAGACAUCAGAAUAAUAUAGAAAUGCAGCUGCAAGAGGUGCAUUAAUUUAUUUCUUAUUAACAGAUUUAUCAAAGAUUCACUCUUUCUAUAAAUAUUCAUUAGAAUCUUAUUUAGUAGUUGUACAUAGAGCCAUCGAUUUGAUUUCUGAACAUAAACAUGUUUAAACAGGAGUAAUGUUAGAUGAGAAAGCAGCAGCCUAAAUAGAUGUUGGUAAGAAGAAGGAAGGAGGAGAAGGAGAAGAAGAAGAAGCUGGUGAAGGUGAAGAAGGAUAAGAAUAAUAAGAAUAAGAAGAAUAAUAAUAAGAAGAAGAAUAAUAAUAACAAUAAGGAGAAUAAUAAGAAGGUGAAUAAUAAGAAGGAGAGUAAGGAGAAGGCUAAUAAGGUGAAGGUGAAGAAGGAGAACCUAAAGAAGGUGAAGAAGGAGAAUAGAAAAAAGAAGAAUAAGCAGAAGAACCAAAGAGACCAGCAGAUGAUGAUUAAUUAACUCCAUAAUCUUUGAAGAAGAGAGUUAAUUAAUUAAUUGAAAGUAUUACUUAUACUUCAUUCUAAUAUGCUAGAAGAGGAUUGUUUGAAAGACAUAAGUUGAUAGUAUCAACUAUGCUUACAUUAAGAAUUAAUCUUAAAGCUAAUAAAUUACCAAAAGAAUAAGUUGAUCAUUUGAUUAUAGGCAAAAUAGAAUUGAAUCCUCCUCCUAUGCCUGAAUCAUUAAAAUCAUUCUUAAAUGAUACCAUUUGGGCAUGUUGUAAGGCUUUAGAAUCAAUCCCUGACUUUAAUGGUCUUGGAUAAAGUCUUGAAGUAGAUAAUCUUUAAUGGAAGAAAUGGUAUAAUGAAGAAAAAGCUGAAAUAAGUGAUCUACCUAAAGCAUUCAGUCAUCUUAAGAAAUUCCAUAGAUUAUUAUUAUUAAGAACUAUGAGACCUGAUAGAUUAACGUCAGCUAUGGCUAAUUAUGUUGCUGAAGAAAUGGGAGAUAAAUAUGUUGAAUAACCUCCAUUCUCUAUCUUUGAAACAUUUAAUGAAAUGGCUCCAACAACACCAAUUUUCUUUGUGUUAUUCCCUGGAGUUGAUCCUACUCCUGAAGUUGAAAGAGUUGCUGCCUAAUAUGAUAUUACAUCAUUUAAUGGUAAAUUCAUUAAUAUUUCCAUGGGUCAAGGAUAAGAAGAAAUCGCUAGAAAAGCUUUACUUGAUUGUGCUGUUCAAGGACAUUGGAUUAUGUUAUAAAAUGUACAUCUCAUGUAAAAUUGGUUAACAGGUCUUAAUGGUUUGGAAGGAUAUCUUGAAACAGUUUAUGCUAAACAUCAUCCUAACUUUAGAGUCUUUAUUUCAUCAGAACCCCCUCCCUUACCUGAAAUGAAGAUCAUCCCAGAAUCUAUUUUAUAAGCUUCUGUCAAAGUUGCUAAUGAAGCACCAUAAGAUUUAAAGGCAAAUCUUAGAAGAGCUUAUGCUCACUUUGAUUAAGAAUUCUUGAAUAAAUGUUAAAAAAAACCAUAAGAAUUUAAAGCCUGUUUGUUUGCUUUAUGUCAUUUCCAUUCCCUAGUCUUAGGAAGAAAGAAGUUUGGUGCUUAAGGUUGGUCUAGAAUUUAUAACUUUAAUGAUGGUGAUCUUACAAUUUGUGCUAAUGUCUUGUAUAAUUAUUUAUCAAAGUAUGAUGUUGUUCCUUGGGAUGAUUUGAAAUAUAUUUUUGGUGAAAUUAUGUAUGGUGGACAUAUUACAGAUGAUUGGGAUAGAAGAACCAAUGCAACCUAUUUAAAAGUGUUAAUUAAACCUGAAUUAUUAUAACCAGGUUUCAAUUUAGGACCAGGAUUCAAAUCACCAGAUCCUUCGAAAUUCGAAUAUGAAUAAUACAAAGAAUAUAUUGAAAAGAAAUUACCAAUAGAAUCACCAUAAAUGUUUGGUAUGCAUCCAAAUGCUGAAAUUGGUUAUUUAACAUAAUAAUGUGAAACUCUAUUCAGUACAAUAUUAGAUGUCCAAGGAGGAUCAAGUAGUGGUGGUGGAGGUAAAAAAGAUGAUGGAGUUAUGACUUAAUUAACAUUAUUAAAAUCCACAACACCUGCUGACACCAAUUUAAUGGAUGUAACAGCUAAAGCAUCAGAAAAGACACCUGAUUAGAUUGUAUGUUUAUAAGAAUGUGAAAGAAUGAAUAUUCUAUUAGGUGAAAUAAGAAGAUCCCUUGAAGAUCUAAGAUUAGGUUUAACUGGUGCAUUAAAUAUCACUGAUUAAAUGGAAGCCUUAUCUCUAUCAUUAUAAUUCAAUAAAGUACCAGCAAAUUGGGAGAAAUUUGCUUAUUUCUCAAGAAAAGGUUUGGCUGCUUGGUUUAAUGAUUUAAUUGAAAGAACAAAUUAAUUAGCUGCAUGGACAUAAGAAAUGGUUACUCCACCUUCAUUAUGCAUUAGUUAUUUAUUUAACCCAAUGUCAUUCUUGACUGCCAUUAUGUAAAAGACUGCCAGAGAAUAAGGUUUACCUUUAGAUGAUGUAUAAUAUUAUUAUUUAUAUUUUUUAGAUGGUUUUAUAAACCAAUGUAACAGCUGUCAAAGGACAUGAAGAAGUUGUUGUUUCGGCUGAAAAUGGUGCCUUUAUCCAUGGUCUCUAUUUAGAAGGAGCUGCUUGGGAAUUAGGAGGAUAAGGAUAAGAAGGAUAUCUUAUUGAAUAAAAAUAAAAAGAACUACAUCCAAAAUUACCAGUUGUUAAUGUAAUUGCUGUUACUGCAGAUAAAAAGAAGAAAAUUGGAUAAUAUUCUUGUCCAGUUUAUGUUACAUCUAUGAGAGGACCUACAUUUGUAUUUACAGCCAAUCUAAAUAUGGAAAAUGAAGAUUCAGACGUAUCUAAAUGGAUUCUCAGUGGAACUUGCUUAUUGAUGAGUGACGAUUGA